UUAUCAGCACAUACGACCAUAGGGUGUGGAGAACAGGGCUUCCCGUCCGCUCAGCCGUACUUAAGCCACACGCCGGCCGCGAAUCCCGGCUGUUGUAUGUUUUUGUAUAUAUUUUUUCUUCCCUGUGUUUUAAGGGUGAUGGCCGGGUGA